AUGGCCACCAUGAGUGGUAUUCUGGUGUUGGCACUCCUGCUGGCUACCUCCAGCUGCCUUGCCUACUAUGAGGACUUGGCCAAGUGCUUCCAGGACCCGAAUUAUGAGUCCUUCCUUGUCACAGCUCAGGAGGGACUCCGCACCUCUCCCCUGCCCAAGCGCAUAGUAGUAGUGGGAGCUGGCAUGUCAGGCCUGACAGCAGCCAAGACCCUGCAGGAUGCUGGCCAUCAGGUAACCAUCCUGGAGGCCAGUGAUCAUGUUGGGGGCCGAGUGGUCACAUUCAGGAACAAGGAGGAGGGCUGGUAUUACGACCUGGGGCCCAUGCGAAUCCCCAAAUCCCACAGGCUAAUCCACACCUACGUCAAGAAGCUUGGCCUGAAGCUGAACAAGUUCAUCCAAUAUGAUGGCAAUACCUGGUACCUCAUCAAUGGACAACGACAUCGCAGUUGGGAGGUCAAGGCCAACCCAGAGAUCCUGGGCUAUUCCAUGAACCCCACAGAGAAGGGCAAGAGUGCCAUGAAUCUCUUCCACCAGUCCAUUAUCAAGCUCAAACAAAGUCUGAAAAUGUUCAACUGCAGCCACCUGAUGUCCUUCUAUGAUUCUUACUCCACCAAGGCUUACCUGGUGAAGAAAGGGAUGCUGAGUGGAGGCGCAGUGCAGAUGAUUGGAGAUGUGAUGAAUGAAAACGCUGGGUACUAUAAAUCCCUCCUGGAGUCCCUGAGGAAUGCUAACAUCUUCUCCAAAAGUGAUGACUUUUAUGAGAUCACCGGGGGAUUUGACCAGCUUCCCAGAGCCCUCAGCACCAACCUAAAACCUGGCACCAUCCAUUUGGGAUCCAAGGUGGAGAUGGUAGUGAGGGAUGGGCCUGAAGUUCGGGUUUUGUACCGCAAAGGUGGGCCCACCUCGGAGCUGCACAACCUCACUGCUGACUACGUCAUCAUCUCAGCCUCUGCCAAGGCCACGCGCCUCAUCGCCUUCCAGCCACCUCUGUCCCCAGACAAGACAAACGCUCUGCGCUCGGUGCAUUACACCAGUGCUACCAAGGUGGUUUUGGCCUGUGAUGAGCGCUUCUGGGAACGGGAUGGCAUCCGAGGCGGGGUCUCCAUCACUGACGGGCCAUCGCGCUACAUCCACUACCCCAGCCACAGCUUCCCCAGCGGCAAAGGUGUCCUGCUCGCCUCCUACACUGUGGAUGACGAUUCCCUCUUCUUCACUGCCAUGAAGCAUGACCAGGUGGUGGAUAUCGUCCUGGAUGACCUGGCGGCAGUGCACCAGAUACCCAAAGAGGAGCUGCGGCAUCUGUGCCCAUCUUCCGUGGUCAAGCACUGGUCUCUGGAUCCCCUCACUAUCGGCGCCUUUGCUGAGUUCACACCCUACCAAUUUAUAGACUACUCACAAAAGCUCUUCCAGCCAGAAGGCCGUGUUCAUUUUGCAGGGGAACAUACCUCCCUGCCCCAUGGCUGGAUGGACACUGCCGUCAAGUCAGGCCUCCGGACUGCCAGGAACAUCCAGGCUGCUGUGGACAAGGAGGCCACUCAGGGAAAGGCGCCUCUGCACCAACCCUUUGCCAACGUCCAGGAUAGUUCCUCCAAGAGCAAUCCCUAA